AUGGCGCAGAAGAAGCCGCCGGCGAACAUCGAGGAGUUCCUGUGGUACAUGCACACCUUGCUUGUGAACGCAGGAGGUCCCCUGCAGCUGGACAAGUUGAAGGACGAGUGGCUGAAGUUCCAUGGACACAAGUGCAACAUCGAGAGGUUCCUUGUGGUGAACGAGGCUGGUAUCGGGGCCACACUCAAGAGGAUCCCUCACGUCGUCAAGCUCGUGAACGAGUCGGGGACGAUGUUUGUCAAGGCUGCGCAACCGGCAGACAUCGAUCAAGCCCGGCUCAUUGAGGAGGACAAGACAUACCGAAAACAGCUGGCCGCGCGAAACGCCGAGAAGGCUGCAGCUGUGGGCACGUCGAAGGCGGCGCCCAAACCGCCGCCUGCAGCGGUUGCGGCGCCCCCUGCGGCGCCCCCCGCAGCGCCCGCAGCUGCCGCCGAGGGCAAGCGGCCUGCUGAGGGCGGCGAGGGCAAUGCGGAGAAGAAGCCCAGGAACGAACAAGAAGCGGCAAUGCUUGGGCGGAUGCUUAUGCAGGGCGUGGUCAGAGUCCUGCAGAACCGCGCCAAGAACAACCAGGGAGCGCUGCCCCUGGCAGAUCUGGAGGGGGAGUUCAAGGAGCUCUGGAAAGUCCCCUUCAACGUGAAGGAGGCCGGCGAAACCGACGUCCUCUCCUUCCUGCGCAAGUGGCCGGGGAAGGUGGAGCUGCAGAAGGACAAUGACUCCUGGAAGCUCGCGCUCCCGAAGAAGCCGGCGGGGCCCACCGCAGCCAAGUCCGCUCCAGGCGCGCCUCCAGCGGAAACGGCUCCCAAGGCCUCCCCCGACGUGCCACCGCCGACGCCGGCCCCUGUGCCCGUGGCACCGCCCCCACCAGCGGCGCCGAAGAAGGGAGGGCCCCCGUCUCGCCCCCCGACGAGCAUCGAAGACUUCUUGUGGAACAUGCACAGCCUUCUCCACGCCACGGAAGGUCCUCUGGAGCUGGUGAACUUGAGAGACCAGUACCACAAGCAUCACGGGCACAAGUGCAACAUCGAGCGGUUCCUCGUGGUGGGCGAGGGCGGCAUCGGCGCCACACUGAAGAGGAUCCCGCACGUUGUCGACGUCUACGUGGAGUCGGGCACGACCUACGUCAAGGCGUCGCAGCCUGGAGACAUCGACCGGGCCCAGCUCAUCGAAGAGGACAAGCGGUACCGGCGGGAGAUCGCAUCUCGGAACGCCGCCAAGGCGGCAUCAAUGGGCACGUCGAAGGCAGCCCCUCCUGUGAAAGCAGCGCCGGCGGCCUUGGGCGGCGAGGGCAAGCGACCCGCCGAGGGUGGCGAGGCCAAUGCGGAGAAGAAGCAGAGGCCCGAGACUGACCCCGCCACGCUCGGCCGUAUGCUGAUUCAGGGUGUCGUGCGCGUCUUGCAGAACCGGGCCAAGGCAAGCAAAGGAGCCUUGCCAGUGAGCGACUUAGAACGCGACUUCCAGGAGCUCUGGAGCGUUCCGUUCAACUUCAGAGAGGCUGGCGAGGCAGACCCAGUGAGCUUCCUCCGAAAAUGGCCAGCCAAGGUCGAGGUCUUCGGUGACCCCGGUGCUUGGAUGGUCCAGCUUGCGAAGAAGCCCACAGCAGCCAAGUCGGCGCCCCCAGAGGCGCCCGCCAAGGCUACGCCCGCUGAGCCGCCUCCCGCCGUGGCUGGACCAGGACCUCAGGCAGUGGCGCACCAGGAUGCGCCGGCCACGCCCGCCCCAAGGCCUGUAGCCGCAGAGGUUGCUGAUCCAGCAUUGGCCCAGCGUCUGACGGAACUGGAGCAGAAGGCCAACACUACUCUGGAGGGCAUGAGAGUGCUUCUCAAGCAGCAAGAGGCCUUAGUGGCCGAGCUCAACAAGCUGAAGAGCUAA